UCUGUUGCCAACAAAGAAAGCUUCGUGGAGAUGCUCGCCUCGUGCAUGUGCAACCUGGUCCCUGUCAAAGAGAGCGAGCAAGAGCACGCCCUUGCCACGGCCCUGGGCUUCUACGCUCCCGCCAAGGAUACGCAAGGUAGAGACUAUACUUUCGGGGGGCCAGCUUCUUCAAGCAAGACAGGAUGGAAAGGAGGAGCGAAGUUCAAGAGCUCGUUGUCUCCUCUGACCUCGAAGCAGAUGUCAGAAGUGGUCUCGGAGCUGCUGGAACAAGAUCUGGAUGUCAAUGUGUGCAUGGUGCACUCGAUAUCAACAUACAACCCCAAAGCCUGCAUCAGAGAGAGGAAUCAUGACACAGAGUGGCUGGUGUUGCAACUGAUAUCGGGUGGAUGGGAGGCUUCAAUAGAAGCCCCACGAGUGAGUAAGCAGAAACGGAAGGCAGGCAGCAGCGGAGCGGUUGAGACGGUCAAGCCUAGGAAAAUUCUGAUGAUCAUGGAGAUUGGAAGGUUCUAAUGGCCAUGCUACAUGGUUGUAUAAGCGACAGCUGUCAAGGCGGAUCUUCAAUGACGUCAAUACAUCAAUACAUGUAUGACAAAGUUAAGGGAUAAAGAAUGAAGUUCUACUUCCAC